AUGGAAGAAUAUGAUGAUCUAUUGCUGGAUGAAGAGAUAUUGUUUGAUCUGAAUCCUAUUUUAUCGGAGAUCUACUCAUCACCGUUGAUGAUCUCAUCCAACACUAGUAGUAGUAGUAGUGAACCCCAAACUUCCGACGAUGAUGGUUGUGUCAUGAAGCAGCUUAUUACGAGCCCUAUUAUCUGGGAAUCUUCUUCAGCUUCUGCUUCUGCUCCUGCUCCUGCUCCACACAUGUUUUCUUUCGGAAACAACUCGUAUUUUCCUGCAGCUAAUUCAGACAUCCUUAACAGUAGUAGUACUAGUACUACUACUCCGGAGGUGGUGGUGACUAAUAGUACUCAUGAUCUAUCCUCACAAAUCAUAGAUUUCUCAUCUUCUUCGGUCGCGGCGGCUAAUAAGCAUGAUUCAACAACAACAACAACAAGAACACCGUCUCAAGCCCACGAGCAUCUCAUGUCCGAGAGGAAACACAGGGAGCAUCUAAGACAACUUUUCAUCUCUCUUUCCAAAAUUUUACCUGGACUCAAGAAGUUGGACAAGGCAUCUCUACUUGAAGAUGCAGCCAACUACUUGAAAGCCCUUGAAGAACGAGUGGCCAUCCUCGAGGAAGAACAGGCGAAGAGAAGUUCAAUUGAAGCAUCAAAAUUAACACACAAUUGUUCGUAUAAUACGGAGAGACGAUCCAUUGAUGAUGAUGAUGAUGAUGAAAACAACAACAUGUUGGAAGUUCCAGAAAUAAAAGCGAGAAUAUCGGAAAGGAAAGUGCUGAUAAAAAUAAGCUGCAAGAAAGAAAAGGGAUUAAUGCCAUUAAUUUCAUGUGAAAUGGAAAAGAUGCAUCUCACUCUAUUAGACAUGAGAAUGAUGCCCUUUGGUGGAUCAGCAGCUGCUCUUGAUAUCACCCUUCUUGCUGAGACGCAGAGCGAAUUCCGGGGCACAGUAAAGGACAUUGUUGACCAUCUACAAAGGGUUGUUUUGAAGAAUCCUCCACUCCAGCAGCAACAGUAA